UCCCCUCCCCUGUCACAUGGUGCGGGGGGAGGGGGGCAGAGGGAGACUUUUCUCUCUCCGACUCCCCCCCAGCUCCGGCCAGUCUCCGCUCCCAACUCCUGGAGGCAGCGCGGAGCCGGGCGGGCGAUGCGGGCUCCCGGAGCUGCUCUCCGCAGCGGCGCGGGGAAGAGGCUUGGCGGCACCGCGCCCCGGCUGCCCGACUGCUUCUGAUGCGCCGCGGCGGGGGCCGCGCAGCCCGGGGUCCCGGCUCCACGAGGAUGUGGCUCCUCUUCGGCGCGGCAACUUUCUGGGGAUUGGUCCUGGCUCCAGGAUUUGGUCUGCAAAUACAGUGUUACCAGUGUGAAGAAUUCCAGCUAAAUAAUGACUGCUCUGCUCCAGAGUUCAUUGUGAACUGCACAGUGAAUGUUCAAGACAUGUGCCAGAAAGAAGUAAUGGAAAAAAGUUCUGGGAAGAACUGUGAGCUCUGGAGGAGGCACGGAAGCCCAUAUCAAAUACUUUUGGUGCCAUAGAAACUAACAUAAGGGAUAGGUUUUUAAGGUUAGCCUUCCAGCUGAAGAAGCAGCUGAUGUUUGCAAGCAGAAUACAUAGAUGAAAAGUUUGAUGAAUGAGAAGCAUUCUUCAUGAUAUUAAUUCCAUUUGCAACUAUUUCAGGAAAACAUUGGUAACUGAUUUUUUUUUAACUGAUUUUGAGCACUGAAUCUACAAAGCCGCUGCUUUUCAAAGUGAAAGUGAAUACAAAAACAAAGAAACCUAAUGCACACUUCUCUCCUUUGGACAGAAUGAAAUGUUUCAGCUAUUCAUGUGUUUAUUAUAUAUAAAUAAAAUAAAUUCUAAGAAAUACAACUUUUCUUCUGUUGGUGAUGAGUGACCUGACCACAUGGGGCUUGAUGCAAAACCCACUGAAUCCAAGGGGAGUUGGUCUUGCCACUGACUUUGAUGGACUUUUAUCAGGCCCAUAGUCUGCAAAGAGAUACAGAAAUGCAGCAAAUACAGAACCCAAUCAAUCUCCAAAUGGAGAAAACAGUACAACCAGCAUCAAGAUGUGGUACAAGGCAAUUUCUUAUCACUAUAAAUAAUGAUGUUUUUAAAAAUAGAAUAAACCCAGAAAAUGAACAGAGUAGAAGGAAACCAAGUGUGAGGGGAGAAAAAUCAAAGGAAAGGGUUGGAAAAUGUAAAAUUCUUAGACCA